UAAUAUUCGCAACAAUAUUGAUAUGAUUUCAUGUAUUACUUCCCAGUUGGGAUUGAUUAGAGAAGACACAUUGGCUGAUAAAUUCUCCAUAUCUAUUCCUAUAUUUCCUCUUAAAAUUUGCUAACAAAUAAUUUGUAGUACAAAAAAAGGAUAGUCCUAUAAAAGUGUGUAUCUAAUAUCUAUAAUCAAACCAAAUAAAUCCCUCAAUUCCCGCUCAUUUGCUCAUUAUGUGUAUAGUAGGAUUCUAUCUGAUUUUCACCCUCUCAAUUCUCAAAUAUCCUUCUCUCUCUUUCUCUGUUAUUUGAACCUAUUCUUAGCAAAUCACGCUCUAAUGGCAGCAACCUCAAUAUUUUUCAAACAAGAUUCAUGAAUCAUAGAAAAAACUAUGAUACAUUGCAAAAAUCAAAAUUACACUAUUUUCAAUAAACAUAACCAAGAUCAACCAUUAAUCAGCAUCUCCCAACCACCCAAAAAAAAAAAAAAAAAUAAAAAAUAAAAAAAUAAAGAGAUUUCCUUCUUCCAUAGCAGAGAAAAAUUCCCAUAAUUUCAUCUCUCUAUCUUCAUCUCAUUCUCUAAAAAGAGGCAAAGGAAAAAAGAAAGAAAGAAACAACAGCAAACCUUAAAUGUCUGCUGUUCGAUUUCUUCUCCUCCUCCUCUGCCUCUCAUUAUCGCCUCCGUGUUUGUUGUCGAUCACGGAGGCAGAAGCCCUCUUGGCGUUCAAGAUUUCGAUGUCAAACACCGAAUUUUUGGACAGUUGGAAACCCAACACAGACCCCUGCAAGGACAAAUGGGAAGGUGUUUUCUGUGAGAAACAACAACCUGUGAUCAUUCGUUUGCAUUUAACAAAAAUGAGCCUUUCGGGUUCUGUUGAUGUGAGUUCUAUUGCCCAAAUUCCAAACUUGAAGACUCUAAGUCUUUCGAACAACUCGUUUUCUGGUCCUAUACCACCUUUCAAUACGUUGAAAGGUUUGAGGUCACUAUAUAUAAGUUCUAACAAAUUUUCAGGGGAAAUUCCAGACGACUUUUUUGAUGGUACAACAUUGAGGAGAUUAUGGUUGUCAGACAAUGAGUUUUCUGGUAAAAUACCUAAAUCAUUAGGUACAUUGAAGGGGUUAAUGGCUCUUCAUUUAGAAAGGAAUAAGUUUACUGGUUCGAUACCUGAGAUUUCGCAAGACACAUUGACUGAGUUGGAUAUGUCUGGGAAUAUGUUGGAAGGCCAAGUUCCGGAGAGUAUGGUAAGGUUUGGGGCGGAUGCGUUUAAGGACAAUUCGGGUGUUUGUGGGAAGCCGGUAAGCAAGAAAUGCAGUGUUGUACGAAAAAAUGGCAACAAUGUGAAGGUUACUAUAGGGAUAAUGGUGGGAAUUGUGGUGAUUAUGACUAUAGUUCUCAUUGUAACAACCAUAAAGAAGUCCCAGAACAACAAUGAUGAAGCUUUUGAUGUGUAUAAUAACAAGGAGCCAACGGAAGAUGUGGUGGAGGUACGUGUGCAAGGAACCUCCAGGAGUGUUGGUGCUGGGAGUGCUCGAAGCAUGAAUAGUGGUGGUUUUGGGAGUAGCGUUACUUCUGGUGGGGGUAGUGUCCUAUCUGGUGGUGGCUCAAGAAAAUCUAGUGUUAGUGAUUCCUCAAAGAAGGGCAGUGGGGGUGAUCGAAAAGGGUCUCAAGGAAAAAAUGCAGCGAUUGGUGAUCUAACUGUGAUCAAUAAUGAAAAGGGUACGUUUGGCUUGGCUGAUCUGAUGAAGGCGUCUGCUGAGGUGUUGGGGAAUGGAGCUCUAGGAUCGGCCUACAAGGCUGUCAUGUCUAAUGGGGUGUCUGUCGUAGUUAAGAGGAUAAGAGAUAUGAAUAAGUUGGGGAAGGAUGACUUUGAUGCUGCAAUUAGGAGGAUUGGGAAGCUUCGUCAUAAGAAUAUCUUGACACCCCUAGCUUACCAUUUUCGAAAAGAAGAGAAGCUUGUGGUCUCCGAGUACGUUCCAAAAGGCAGUUUGUUGUAUGUCUUGCACGGGGAUCGAGGGCUUAGUCAUGCAGACCUGAACUGGCCUAUGCGACUGAGGGUCAUAAAAGGCAUAGCCAGCGGAGUGCAAUACCUGUAUGCAGAACUGUCUGACUAUGAGCUUCCACACGGGAACCUUAAGUCUAGCAACAUCUUUCUAGGCAGCAACUACGAACCACUUCUCGCUGACUAUGGUUUCAGCCGAAUGGUGACACCAACACAAGCAGCACAAGGGUUGUUUGCUUACAAGUCACCUGAAUCAGUUGAGAGCCAGCAAGUCUCUUCCAAAGGAGAUGUAUAUUGUCUUGGGAUCGUCAUCCUUGAAAUGCUUACAGGGAAAUUCCCUUCUCAAUAUCUCAAUACCGGCAAAGGAGGCACCAAUGUCAUCCAGUGGGUUCGAACAGCCAUUGAGGAGAAGAAAGAAGCAGGGUUCUUAGAUCCGGAAAUAGCAUCUUCUACAAAUUCACUAGAUGCUAUGAUACAACUCCUUCAAUUGGGGGCCAGCUGUACCGAGACUGAUCCUAAUAAACGGCCUACAAUGGAGGACGCGAUAAAGAGGAUACAGGAGAUACAGGCUUAAGGGGAUAUUCAGCCAUGAAGUGAUGGUUAAGCCAGUAAUUAGGUACAACGGAGUGCUGAUUUGUCAGCAUCUCGUAAUGUCAAAAAAUCAAAGACUAUUCUGAAUCACUGAAAAACUCAGUAUUUCAAGCUUAUCAUGGAAUUGUCAAGAUCCCAUUCAAGCCUUGUAACAGGAAGAAAGUUAUAUUUUAGGUUUUUGGGUGCUUGAUAUGAUAGAAUAUGAGAGCUGACAGCUACAGCAUUUCAUGAUAAAAUUCUUAUACUUUGACUAGGAUUUUUAUUAUUAUUAUUAUUAUUUUUUUAAAUUCAUUGAUCUGUAAUUUAGGGUGUUUGGGAAAGAAGACUAUGGUACAAUAGAAAGAUUUUAUGUUUGUAUUUUGUAGGAAAACAUUGAAUUGUGAAAUAUUACAAGCUUAUGUCUACGGUGUCUAUUGGCAGAUUACGUACAAAGUCAUGUACGUAGUGCGUAGUGGUUAGUGCGUAAUGGUUAGGUGUUAUUUAACAGUGCAUAUAAUGGGUUAAUGUGUUGAUUAUGUGCAUUUUGCAAAUGCAAAGGCUGCUAGUUCAUCCAGAAAACUAGUAUUUAGUUGUGGAAGCAACAAGACUUCCCCUACUUGCCUUUAUUUCAUAUUCAGUUUACUUAGUUGAGCUGGAGUUCCACAAACUUCCAUCUCAGUCCAGUGCUUACAUCUUAAACUAUUCAAGAUUCAAUGCACUUCUUAACUGUAGACGAUAUAACCCUCAAUUACAAAGAGUCGCCUUCAGCUAUGAGGGUUAAAACCCUCAAUUACAAAGAGUCGCCUUCAGCAUGAGGAAUACUCUUGUACCCCAUUCGACUGCAGUUUUUACAAUCAAAAUGGCUCCCUUCCCAGAAGGUUUUUUUUUUUUUUUUUUUUUUUU